AGUAAUACAUGUCGGACUCCUGCAGGCUAAACAUCUCGGGACAAAUUUUCCUACUCAGCCAACAACUUUCUCACUCUCCUCCUUUCUCACCUCGCUUUUUUAACCAUUGUAUAUUUAAGUGCCACCACGAUACGAUAACAUCUUAAGUGGUUACAAAUGCACAAUUUGGACACUUACUUGACGGCCGGUGGCUUUCUUCAAAGGCUCUGACGUCAUUUCCAUCCCACUAAAAAUUCGUUCUGCAAUAUUGCAUUCAAUAUGCACAAAAAUUUCUCCCCAAACGCUCCUUUAGAACAAAGGAAUAAGACCAACGACAGUUGUUGUUUCUUGAUAAAAGUCGCUGAACUGAAUUGAGUUAUGCGAUUUACGCCCAACAAUUAUUUAUUACCUGCAACAACCACCACUCUAUCGCAACACCAACGACGGAACAAUUUCUUGUUUUACUAUUCCGGUUCAACAAAACUGCUCGUUACAGGCUCAGUCAGUAUGCUGCAUGACGGCUUCCAGUACGGCUGUGCUUUUUAAAAUUAUAAAAACAAAGUUCUCAAUCACACAAGGAGACUAAAACUGCAAAAUUAUUCGUCCAAAGUGUAUAAAUAUACAGAACUCUUGUAAAAUGUUUGAUAAACAAGAAGAGAAAGUCGGAGGAGCAGUUUUUGGGGCGAUGUGAGACAACCCUUUUCCCCGUUGCUCAGUUUGUUCCUCUAUAGUGCAAAAUAAGUGAAAAACAAUAGUCCAUUGUUGAAAGAAACUAUUUGAGUACAAUCUUGUACGUGCAAAGAUAACACAAAGUACUAUUUACAAAAAAUACAAGACAUUCCGAUAUAUUACGAAUUACACUUGGCUCAUCAUCAGAGGCCUUUGGUCCAAAACGGGUUUUUUUUACAUCGUGAAUAUCAGCAAAUCAAAAUUCAUGGAAAAUUGCAACAGAUUGAUUUCCUAAUCAGCUCCUAACUCAACUUGUUCUGCAUCAAUGGUAAUUGAAUUGCGUAAAUUGUGCAAAGAACAAAGGCAGCCGCUGGGUUAGGAUUCAUCAAUUCAUGUCUCAAACACCACAACUCAACCCAACAAGACUCUAGUGUCAAGUCAACAUCGGCUCACUUGGGGGAGGAGACUGGUGGCGGCAGUGAGAUGGUGAACCGUCGAGAAGCCGAAAUGGAGAACGAGUGGCUCAGCGCGGAUGAGACCAAAAAAAACUUUGUCGCAAAAUAUCACGACGGAUGUCAAGUUGGACUGUUUGGAUGGCGACGACGGUGUCUGUUCCUGGUUCUAAUUAUCCUCCUACUUCUUGUCAUCAUCAACUUGGCUCUCACACUGUGGAUACUCAAGGUCAUGGAGUUUUCUACGGAUGGGAUGGGUCCACUAAAAGUAGUACCAGGAGGGAUUCAGCUUCGUGGAGAAAGCAUGGUGCUGGAUAGCUUGAUAGCUUCCAAAAUCCGAUCGCGGAGGAAUCAACCUAUUCAUAUUGAGUCAUCCAAGAAUAUCAGUCUGAUAGCGAGAGGGCCGGAUGGUCGUGUUCUCAAUAAACUAUUCCUGGGAGAUGACAAACUCGAGUGUCAAGCGUCAGGGAUGAAAAUAACAGAUACACGAGGUCGUCUCCUCUUCUCGGCGGAUCGGAAAGAAGUUCUUGUUGGAGCUGAACUGCUUCGUGUCACAGGGGAAGGGGGAGCCGUUUUCCAUGGCUCGGUUCAAACUCCACUCGUCCGAGCAGAAUCUGGAAAUGAACUGAGGUUGGAGUCUCCAACGAGAAAUUUAGAAGUUUUUGCAACUCAUGGGAUAGGAAUCGAUUCCUUAGCUGGAGACAUUAGUGCGACUUGCCUUGCAGACCUUAAACUACAAUCCACAGAAGGAUCUGUUCGGAUGGACGCUCCAAACAUUUACAUGCCAAAACUACAAACAGCAACAUUGACAAGUGCCAAGCUGCCCACGGCUGGAACUCCGGUCUACAACCCUUCCACAAUUAAGAGGACUGGGAGUCCUGAAGUUUAUCAAGUUUGUGUUUGCGGUAAAGGGAGAUUAUUCCUGGCUCCUCCGGACGGACCUUGUGUCGCAGACAAUGACGUUUGUCGAUGAUCUAAUGGAAAUUAAGGCGCAAGAUAAAAUAUGUAUCAAGAAAAUUGUAUCAUGGCUAGAUUUGUUUCUGGGAAAAAAGUGCGUGAAGAUAACGCAGGAUAAAAAUGCGUGUUUAUAAUGUGCAACAAGGGAAAGUGAAUGACAAUCCACGACCAAAAUUGACAAUGAUCAAUCUCUCAUCAGUUAGACUACUAUGAUUCAACAUUCUUCCUGGUGGUGAUGUGUUGGCUCACUUUUUCUGAAAUCUACUAAAAUAUGAGGGGCCUGGCAGAUGCAAAAAUAAACCAGACGCCUUCAAACAAAAGUUUUUUCUCUCAACAAAUGAAGCAGCCAUAAAGAAAGAAAGAUACACGUUGAUCGACUUCCAACUUUAAGUUCCAAAGUUUUUUUAUGAAAUGAAAAUAGUUUAAAUUUUAUUACCUCCCUCAACACACGUACAAUUACUGCUAAUGUGACUGAGGACACGACGCAAGUACAUAAGUGAGCAGUUUCAAUUCACUUUGUGGUGUCGUUUUUAUAGGUGACACCGAGGUCUAGCACGACUGGAAUUCCUCCCUUGUUCUUUUAAACUACUUAUGCUACAUAAAUCCGAAAGCUUGUCGUGAGAGUGAAUAUUGUAAGAUACUGAAUUAUCAAGGACAACUUCAAGAGUGAAAACGGAUUAUACGUCGAAAUACGUACGUACUCGAACUAAGAUGAGAGGCGAUGAGAAACAAACCUUCGAAACUUAACCAUUAUCCUAUCAACGCAAUUAAUACAUACAUAACUCUACUUGUAAGCUAAAUAUAUAGACCACAAAUCAUCAAUUUUAGAUAUAAAAAUACUACAUAAGGGAAAUAUAAGACAUUUGGAUACAUUACAAAAAAAUGUAUGUAAGUAUUUAGUUGAGUAAUGAUAUUUACCAACCAAUGACUGGAGCAUUAAAAUAUUGAAUUUUUACAC